UAUUUUCUGCCUUCUUUUCAGAUCAUUCAAGCUUUAUAUUAUACCAUUUCGUUGGUAAAUGAUUUCGUUGGCAGCAAUGAGGUAAUGCCCAAGAAAACACCAUUGAUUCGAAAAAUUAAGGAUUACAUGAUGACCACAUUUGCUUUCCCCAUUGCACUAAAUGUUGGCAUUACCUUCUGGGGUCUGUAUGCUGUCGAUCGUGAAUUGGUCUUCCCACGGGUCUUGGAUGCUGUAUUCCCAAGCUGGCUUAACCACAUUAUGCACACCAAUAUUGUUGUGUUCAUUGUCUUGGAAAUGUUUAUCUCCUUCCGUUCUUAUCCAUCACGUUUCAAAGGUCUGGCCGGCUUAUCGGCCUUUAUGUUGGCCUACUUGGUGUGGUUGCAUGUGAUUAAGCACUAUUCGGGCGUUUGGGUAUAUCCCGUCUUGGAAGUUCUACAAUUGCCACAACGUAUUGUAUUCUUUAUCGGUUCAUUGGUAUUUACAUUGGGUCUCUAUAUGUUUGGCGAGGUAUUGAACAAUUUGGUCUGGUCGAAAGAACUUAAAAUGGCUCAACGUAAACACAAGUAAAUUUGUGGUGGAGUGUCAAAAUAAAAUCCAAUAACACAACAAAACCAAAUACCCUAACAACACUUCAUUUCACUAACUUUUAGAAUUACUUCUAAUAACGAUCUGAUUACAAAAAAAGAAAAAGAAAACUGAGAAUGAAUAAAUUAAUUAAAUACACGUAAUAUUGUUCUUAUGAUAAUUCUAAACCAGAUUUUUAAAUGCUAAUGUUUUUUUGUUGUUUUUGUGAAAUAAUAUACAUAAAGGCAUGCUAUAAUUAUCUCUAUAAAUAUUUAUAUAUAUAUUCCAAAGUAUAUAAUUACAAUAAGACAACACACACAAAAACAAAAAAAAAGAAACUUAACACAAAGAAGUAAAGCAAAAUACUUGAACAAUUAAAGAUAAUAAUAUUAACUAAAUACUAUUAUAAAAGGUCAAGCAAAAUGAUACAAAAACCGAAAUUUAAAAAAUAAAUAUUUGUGAAUGCCUUUAGUUCUAGAAGGCUUUUAUAUAGAAA